AUGCCACACCUCGACUUUUCAUCCUCCAUUUCCACUGUGAAUUCCUCUUCAUCCGUUUCAACGAUCCUGAAAGAGACUGAAGUGCGACAAGUCAUGAAGCCAACUCCGUGCAUGGAGAUCAAACGACCCAGUAAGAAGUCUCAUCAAAGGGUUCUGACGAGAGCCUUCCAGUCGUUAGAGCUAGGGCUUGCAUUGAUAGUGUAUGUGGUGACAGUGGCGACCAUUGGUGUGUGGCUAUACACAACUGUACCUACCUGGGCUUCCAUGUCCAUAUCCAUGCAGCUCUGCUAUGCCCAAAACACUCUAUGCUGGUUUCAAGGGGCAUUCUUCCGGCAAGAAUGUAACCCUUUCUCUUGUGCGGACUUUGAGAAGGCUGCUAUGGAUGAGCACUUACCUACCAGCGUGCACUUAGACUAUGUGCUUGCCGUGAACGGUGGAUCCAUUGUGGAGGAGUUCACAAGUCCGACAUUGGGUUAUAGGAAGCUGAGCAUGAAGGAGCAGGAACUAUACGAGUCUCGGGGAUUUCAUCUCCAACACGUCAAAGUAUAUCCCCCUCCAAUUGUCAUCAAUUCUGAGGUUCGCAUAGCUCGCUGUUGGUUGUUCGCUGGUUCAACUGGGCAUAUCGCAAUAUCGCUAUCAGAGCCUAUAAUCAUUUCACAUCUUUCUUUCCAUCAUCCAGACCACCGCGAACUUUCCGCUAGCCUUCUAUCAUGA